GAUCGCGCGCAGAUGGGUGGGGGGCGUGUGGAAACUGAUCCACCACGGCGCGCACAGUCUAAAACAGACUCUUUAACGUACUGGCAAACGGGAGAGACACGGAAACGCCCCACACCUGACUCCCCCUAACAGUCUCCACACCUCUUGAGAAACAUCUAAACUAAUUCAACAGGGCAAAGGCAGAAGUAGCUGGAGGGACCAAAAGCAUCUGUGAUUUGUUUGUGGAAGUAGCGCGCGCUCAUGGCGGCAGCUCGGCUGCUUUAGGAGGGUUACUUCAGUGGAUUUUAGUGGGAGAAACUAAAUGAUGUCAGACAGAAUAAUGGAUACGCUCAGACUGUCCGCUGCUCUUCUUCUACUUCUGUCUUUAUUCAGCUGUGGAAGCGCUAUACAGUUUCCCGACUCCCAACUGACCCACAAAUGGGCGGAACAGAUGCAGGAGGAACUAGUGCAGUUGAUUGAUGCUGAGAGCGGCAUACAAAAGCUCAAAGAAAUUUUCCUGCAACUUCAGAGACACUAUGUUGUGAAGCAAAACAACGCUCAACAGCUGGUAGCAAAAGCUGCACAUGAAAUUGAGAAUCUUCUUGCCAACCGUUCCAAAGCUCUAGAAGCGCUGGCCACUACUGCGGAGAAACUGCAAGAGAAGCACCAGUGGAAGGAUGAUCUUGAUGUGAAUGAGACUAUCUACUACAAUGCUAAGGACAAGUAUGACGUUAAUGAUACGGAAACACGCCAGAACCGGAUCAGACCAGAAUUUAAAGAGGAUCUUACCUUCAAACGCCCUGUUUCAUACAAUACGACAGCAGUGCACAUUCCCACAGAUAUCUACGAGGGCUCCACUAUAAUCCUGAAUGAGCUAAACUGGACUGCGGAACUGGAUGAUGUCUUCAAGAAGAACAAGGAAGAUGACCCGUCCCUCCUCUGGCAGGUGUUCGGCAGUGCAACUGGCCUGGCUCGAUACUUCCCAGCUUCUCCUUGGGUUGACAUGAGGAACACACCAAACAAGAUCGACCUCUAUGAUGUUCGCCGAAGGCCCUGGUAUAUCCAGGGUGCAGCUUCACCUAAAGACAUGUUGAUCCUGGUGGAUGCGAGUGGAAGUGUGUCGGGCCUGACGUUGAAGCUCAUUCGUACGUCUGUCAGUGAGAUGCUGGAAACCCUCUCUGAUGAUGAUUACGUCAACAUCGUCUCUUUCAACAAUUCGGCCAAGUCGGUCGCCUGCUUUGAAAACCUGGUUCAAGCGAACGUCCGCAAUAAGAAGAUUCUGAAGGAGGCAGUACAGAAGAUCACAGCGAACGGCACCACUGACUAUAAAAUCGGCUUCAAGGAGGCUUUUGACCAGCUCUCCUCAAUGAAUGUUUCAAGAGCAAACUGUAAUAAGAUCAUCAUGCUGUUCACUGACGGAGGGGAGGACAGAGCUUCAGAGAUCUUUGAACAGUUCAACCCUGAAAAGAGGGUUCGAAUCUUCACCUUUUCAGUGGGCCAGCAUAACUAUGAUAAGACACCAAUUCAAUGGAUGGCUUGCAAUAACAAAGGUUAUUAUUAUGAGAUUCCGUCUAUUGGAGCUAUCAGGAUCAACACCCAGGAGUACUUGGAUGUGUUGGGCAGACCCAUGGUGAAAGCAGACAAGAAAGCAAAAAAUGUGCAGUGGACCAACGUUUACGUGGAUGCCCUGGAGCUGGGCCUUGUGAUUACAGGCACUCUGCCAGUGUUCAAUAAAACCAAGAACAGUGGAGACAAGACUAAGAACCAGAGCCAGUUGAUUCUGGGGGUGAUGGCCGUAGAUGUGUCUCUGGAUGACAUCAAGAGACUGACUCCACAUUACACUCUCGGGCCAAAUGGAUAUUACUUCGCCAUUGACCCCAACGGCUAUGUGCUACUUCAUCCCAACCUUCAGCCAAAGGAUCUCAAGUCUCAGGAACCCGUGACGUUGGACUUCCUGGAUGCAGAACUAGAGGAUGAAAUGAAAGUAGAGAUCAGAAGAAGCAUGAUAGAUGGUCACAAGGGUCAAAAGGGAUUCCACACAUUCAUGAAGUCACAAGAUAAGCGUUACAUUGACAGGGGCGUCAGAACCUACACUUGGGCUCCAGUCAGCAAGACAGACUACAGUCUUGCUUUAGUUCUACCCGAUUACAGUGUGAGCUACAUCAAGGCCACUAUAGGAGAUACCAUCACUCAGGCCAAAUCUUGGAGACCCUCAGAAAAUUCCGUUUCUGAAAGCCUGCAGGUGGACAAAUUUGACGAGUAUGGAUAUACAUUAAUAGCACCCAGAGAUUACUGCACAGACUUGAAAGCUCAGAGUGACAACAUCACACAAUUUCUCAUCGACUUCAAUCAAUACAUUGACACAAAGACCCCUAACAACCCGCAUUGUAAAAUGGACCUUAUAAACAGACUUCUGCUGGACGCUGGCAUCACCGCUGAACUGGCCAAACACUGGAGCGAACAGGAACUGAAUGACAGAAUCAAGGCUAAGUUUGUGGCGACAGAUGGCGGUGUCACUAGAGUCUAUCCUGCGAGUGCUGGUCCAGAAUGGACCAAAGAGGCAGAAACGUACGAUUCUAGUUUCUACAAGAGAAGUCUGGACAAUGAUGUUUAUAUAUUUACAUCAGAGCCAUUCACAAUGAAUAAAACUCAAGAUUCAGUUUUAGUGAGCAGAGCGAUGGACCUGAGAAUUGAUGAAUUCAUGCUUAAACCAGCAGUUGUUGGUGUAAAACUGGAUAUACAGAACUGGAUGGAAAGCUUCAUGAACACUACAAUUACGCCCAAUUGUGUUGGUGAAAUCUGUGGGUGCAGGAGAAAUGAUGAGUAUCUGGACUGUGUUCUUCUGGACGAUGGAGGCUUCCUUGUCAUGGCCAAUCAGGACAGCUACAUGAUUAAGAUCGGACAGUUUUUCGGUAUGAUUGACUCCAGCCUAAUGAGGAAUCUGAUGAACGUAUCCCUGUUCUCAGUCAACAAAACCUAUGACUACCAGGCCCUCUGUGAACCCACCAAAGAAUCUAAAGCUGCCGCUGGUCUCAGAUCAGUCUAUGUGCCCACCAUAGCUGACAUCCUGAACAUUGGUUGGUGGGCUUCCGCAGCAGCCUGGUCAAUACUGCAGCAGUUGUUUGUCAGCAUCACAUUUCCUAAUUUCCUUGAGGCAGCUGACCAAGAUGAUGGCCAGUCUGAAAUACACUCUAAAGAGAGUUGCAUUAAAGAGCAGACACAGUAUUUCUUUGAGAACAACGAGACAACUUUUAAGGGGACUGUUGAGUGUCCGAACUGCUCUAGGCAGUUCAUAGCUGAAAAGCUUCCAAAGACAAAUCUGGUGCUGAUUGUUGCUGACUCGAAGAUGAGAAGCCAACCAUGUGAUGAAAAGUCAUUCUCCCAGGAGGAAAAGCCUUCUCCGGGUCCAGAUCCCUGCAAGAUAGCCCAGAACCCAAGGUAUCGGAAAGGUCCGACAGAGUGCUUUGACGACAACACAAAAGAGCAGAAUGAGGAUUGUGGUGGGGCAUCAGGUCUGACUCCGUCUAUCGUGUCCAUGGUCAUCCUCCAGUUGCCACUGCUCUGGCUUCUGAAUGGACGAGGACACUUUCUCUCGUGACCUCAGCAUAGAGACGCCACACCCCUCUACAAUGCCAAAACAAAUACCACAUCACAUAUGAACGUUCAUCCGGACUCCCACGCUACAGCCCAGCACAUGGAGGGAGAGGCUCUGACCCAGGAAGUACAAAACCGAAGCCGUGAUCACUCACAGCCCUUGAGGUCAAAGUAGGUCGGAGAUGAUAAAUGAGCAACGACCUUUGACAUUUGACCUCUGAGGUCGGACUCUCUCCACAUGAGCGACGGGGUGGGCAGUCUUACCUGGGUGGGCAGACCUUGACACUUCAUCUUCACUUCACCCAUGGAGAUGUACAACGUCCCAGCGUAAUAACGAAAAAAUGAUCCAAUCACAACACUGCCAACCAAAGUUUUGCCCUUUACCAGUGUGAUGCCUUUUUUAACCUAUUUGUCCUUCAAUAUAUUUACAGCGACUAGUUCUUCAGUAUCAAAACUGUUUAUAUGUGACUUUUAUGGCUUCGUCACGUUUGCCCUGCUGAGAUAUUUAAUGGACCCCUCAGGGUCGGGUCAGAAUCCAACCUUGUUUGUGGUCUGCAGCCCAUUACUGGAAAAAAUGGACAAAUGAGCAAGUGACCCAAUAGCAAAAGUCUCUUGUUUUUCCCAGUGGUGUCCACCUCUGUGCCUCGGGAAUAUCGAUUUCAUUUCCGACCGCUGUGCGAGAACAAUCCCUCCCUCCACUUGCCCGUAUUUGCUAUCACACGGUGAUUUUUUUAUCCGCUCAUAGUGCAUUCAAACAUGCACUGCUGCCAAACGUUACCCUGUGUGUGGUCUUGCCGUACUUUGCACUUGAUGCCAAGCAGGUCGUGUGGCCAAACAGCCCUGUCAUUCUUAUUUAGGGAAUUUUAAAUGACUGCCAAUUCGUACCGACCUAAAAGCUCGCAAAGUCCUGGUUGUGAAUAUGAAGAGGAAAAAAAUGCUGUUGCAUGUGUGUGUUUUUUUUUUUUGUUUUUUGUUUUUGUUUUUUUUGAUGAUUUACCUGUUUAUUUUAGAUCUUUUAAGAUUUUAUUUAAGUUAUUUAAAAAUUUGCUGUAUGUUUAAUGUUAAGUUUUCUGUGAUAUAUUUAAUGUAUGUGUGUGGAUAUGCAGAAGGGUUGACAGUGACAGUUGCUCUUUCUCACACUUUAAUGUCAUCUGGAGAACUCGAAAAGGCAGAAAGAAAUUCAUCUAAUGUUUACAGAUAUUUUGAGACACUCGAGAGUUUUUAUAAGAAAUGUUGCCCCUGGUUGAGCUGUCUUUCGGGUCUCUAAUGUGUCAUUUUUCGCUUUAAUGUCAGAGGCAGAGCUCUGUCAGCCUUUCUUUCCUGUCAACGUGCCUUGAUGUAAAUGGAUACAUAUAAAAAUAAGUGAAGGAAUAUCACAAUGUGCAAUCUGACCCUAGUUGCACUGCAGAGAAAUGCAUAAUAUCGUCAUUCUGAUCUGACAAACGAAACUUCCGUCCCUUUAAGAGAUCCUGACUGGGUCCUUGUGCCUCAAUGAAAUCUGGUCCCGAAUCCAAAAUUUAUGGAAUAAUUAAGAUUUUGAGAAGAGACAAGGAUAGUUACGGAAGCCUGUGAAAAAGAAAAGCAAGACGAAUUAUGAUUUUUUUUCUUUUCUUUUUUUUUCUAUUUAAGCAUUUAGUUAUUUUUGUUUUGAAGAGAAGGAGGGAUACCUGGUGCUUAGCCAAUAUCCGAUUUAUUCAAUAUUGUAUUGAUUAUGAAAUGUAUUAGAAAUGCUCAAUUAAUAGCAGACAUGUGAUUUCUAAGAGUUAUUAAUGGCCGCUGAACCGUAUUUGCAUUGUUUUUGGCUUAGUGUAAACAUGUACAAAGUUAUUUAGGUCUCAAUCAGUAGAUUACCAUCAUUGGGUUCUAUCUAAUUUUAGAAGCUUGGAAAAAAACAGGAAAUUAAAAGACAUGGAGCAACACAACAUCAAAAAUCUGGGAUGGAAAGUGAAUUCCAGCGAGCAAUAUGCAUCAUUUCCUCUGUACACAGGAAACUGCUUUGUUAAUGCACCUGAAAACAACAUGAUUGGCCUACAAGGAAUUGGCUUGCAUUGAAAAGACAUUCUUCUUCCCAUCUUUCCGUGAUUCAUCACUUCACUGUAAUCAGACAAGCAUUCUACAACUGACGUGCAUUAAAUCAAUUUACUCUGCCCUACCAAAAAAUACCAUAAACAUCAUAGUUAAUUGGCUGUCAAAAUGAGAAAUUAUUGAAAACAUCUCCAGUUCCACACCAUUAACUCGACGAAUUAUCCAUGUUAAUUCCCAACAAAACUUAUUUCAUCUUGUACUAAGUGUAAUGUACUGAAAUACAUGUUUUUCACUUCUUCUACCUGUACUUAAAAGUGCCAUAGAACUGUUUUCCGUCUUUGUCUUCAAAAAACAGGAAAGCGGCCAGAGAGGGUAUUCAAACCAUUAACAUAUUCAUAUCUCUUCAUUAUGCUCUGUUUGGUUGGCAUGUAUUGCACUGGAAGUGAAAACUAAGCUUUGUUGUGUGCAUGUGAACGUCUGCUUCUGUGUGCGAUGCUAGAAUAUUUGCCUCUGUAGGUGUUGGAGUGUGUAAAGUAACAGAUUACGGCUCUGUUCGGAAUAGCAUACUAGCAUACUACUACUAUAUUCACAGUAGAUAGUAUGUGUACUAUGGACAGUAUGCAAAUUUUCAAUAUGCAAAUACAGAAUACACAGAAGACGCUAUGUGAUGAUGUCACAAAGUGGCAUUCUACAGUUUGGAAUUUUUAGCGUGGAAUAAUGUCUACUUUUUUUUAAAGAGAAACUGCACAUUAUUCAGCAAGUAGUAUGCUAAUAUUCCAUUCUGAACGCAGCCUUAAAGUUGCGGCCACAUUUGCCGUUCCUCAGCAAAACUUUGUGGGUGAAAUCCAGUCGUUUCAAUAGGAUCAGGAGUUUCGCAUGAGGGCGAAAAAGUUCCCCAUGCAGGUUUCGCUCGUAUUCAAGUCAGUCACGUAAAUUCGGCGCAUUCACCAACAGAAAGCUGCUUGGUUUGCAAGUGACUUCUGUGUGAACUGCACUUCAUACAUCGCUACACUAUUAACAAUAGACAAUGGGCCUUUUUUUUUUUUUUUUCUCAUCUCGAAAUUUUGCUAAUGUGACCGCACCUUAACUUUCACUGCCUUUUUCUUGGGGCGACAGCUGCUGAACCGAGACGUAUCCCAAUCCUGACGGUCCAGGCUAACCUUAACCUUAAAUGUCAAAACUGAUUUGGGACCAGUAUUUGAAAGAAUUAAGGGUCUCCAGCUUCUGACAGAAAUUGUUUACAGGAUACCUUAAUAGAGGUGAAAGUGUUUUCUAGGAUAUCAAAAAGACAGAUGUUCAGUGGAAAUGUGAUAUCAAUUCAUAUUAUACCUUAGAAAAUACAAAAUUAGAUUUAGCAGCUUUUGUUCUUCAGACAAACUGGGAUGAAAAAAGACGUCAUGUAGACUGUGAGUUCAGAUGCUGUCACCUCAGGAACAGAAUAUUUGCAAAGUGUGACUUAAAAAAAGGUUUUUGAAGCUGGUGUUUAGAUUCUCUGUCUAUCUGGACUGUGUGGGUUUUGAUCUCUGGAAUAGUGUGAAGCGUGUUUUAAGUGGUCAGUCAGAUCCUGCUGCCUCCACUUGCCUCUUGGCUGACCGUCAGUCUGCCUCAGUCAGGGUUUAGGAGGACUUAUCUGUGGGCUUAUUUUCAGUCCCCCUUAAUUGUACUUUCAUCCAGUGGUUCCCAUCUGGUUUUGCUUCAGGAACCAGAUUUUAAGUGCUGACCCAAACAAUAUCAAACGUAACCUGUAUUUAAUGUAAUCUGGGUUGUAUUUUCUUCUACCAUGCAUAGUUUUGAUUGAGGAUUUUCCGAUUUCAAGUAACCAUGUUGUCAUCUGCCUAAUUUGGCUAAAUAGCUUCUAUCAAACGACAGCUGAAAUUAUGAAAAUUAUGAAAUUAAGGCUUUUGACGUCAACUACAAAAGAUAUAGGAAGCCUUUUGUCCUUACUUUUAAAAGUUGAUAUUUAUUUUGCUGUGCUAGCUAUAGACCUUAGUUGGGCUAGACAGCAUGUUUCAUUGUAGGCUGUGAGGGAUAGACGUACAGUCUGUUAAACACGUUGGUGGGUCAUGUCGACUUUUUACAGUUUUUAUUUCUUAUUUUAAUUGAAUUUUAACCAGUUUUAGUUUUGUGUGUGUGUGCACUGGAACUAUUUGGAUAGACAUGUUUUCGAUGCUUUUUGGAUGAAUGAUCGACACCAAGGUAUACAACAGUACAAUCUACAGUAUGUUCAUCCCUCACAUCAUUGUUUUUCUUCACAUAAAAUUGAAUAUGGCAUUGACUCUAAGAUUCAUGCAUGAUUAUAUGCUUUUUGCAUUUUAUUAUUUGAUUCCGUGACAUUCAAAACAGACCUGCAGCCUGCCAGUUGAGAACCACUGAUUUAAAGGGUUAGUUCACCCAAAAAAUGAAAUUUCUGUCAUUAAUUACUCACCCUCAUGUCGUUCCAAACCCGCAAGACCUUCGUUCAUCUUCAGAACACAAAUUAAGAUAUUUUUGAUGAAAUCCAAGAGGUUUUUUUUUUAAUCUCCCAUAGAAAGCAACGUGAAAUUACCACAUUCAAGGUCCAGAAAGGUAGUAAAAACUUCGUUAAAGUAGUCAACGUGACUACAGUGGUUCGAAGGUCUUACAGGUUUGGAACGAAAUUAGGGUGAGUAAUUAAUGACAGAAUUUUCAUUUUUGGGUGAACUAACCCUUUAAUGCGUAACACUCUUGUGAAUCUUAAUUCACCUGAGUCAAACGGUGUGUAUAUUUGUUUAAAAAAAUAAUACUUUAAAAAAGUAAAAAAUAAUUAUCUCAGACAAAAAAAAUUCCACUGUUUAUAAUCCUAGAAUUGUUUAAAUUCAUGUUCAAGUAUAUUCAGAAUAAAAACUUUGUCAUCAAUGGAA